CAGCUCGGGCCCGGCUCCCCCUCAGCUCCGCCUCAGCUCCGCCUCAUCUCGGGCCCGCCCCGCUCCCGCUCCGCCCGGCGCGGCCUCCGCGGCAAUGGAUGCGUGCAAGCCCCCCAACUUCUCGUGGGUGGUGGAGGGGCGGCUGGCGGGGCUGGCGAUGCCCCGGGAACCGGGACAUUACCGGUACCUGCGGGAUCUCGGCGUCCGGCACUUGGUGUCCCUGAGCGAGCGCGCCCCGCCCCACCACGGCUGCUGUCCCCAAAUUCGGCUCCACCGGUUCCCGGUGGCGGAUUUCACCCCGCCGAGCCCCGAACAGAUCCGGAGCUUCCUGAGCAUCGUGGAGGAGGCCAAUGGCCGCGGGGAGGCCGUGGCAGUGCACUGCAUGCUGGGGCACGGCAGGACUGGCACGCUGCUGGCCUGUUACCUGUGCCAGGAGCGGCACCUGCCCGCCGCCGAUGCCAUCCGCGAGAUCCGCCGCCUCCGGCCCGGCUCCAUCGAGACCUCGGAGCAGGAACAGGCCGUGCUGCGCUUCUGCCAGCGCCUCAGGUAGUGCCACCCUCCUCGGGGUGUCACCACCCACCAGCUGUGGCUCCCAAAUGUCCCCAGUCCCGCCUCACCGGUGGCGAGGAGACCUGAGGACGUGGAUGGCAUCGGUGGCAUUGGGCACCUCCAGUGCCAGGCGUGCCCAGCUCCGUCUGUCCCCUAAUCAUUAAAGGACUGGCCUGUG